AUGGCAAACAUUGUAAUAAAAAAACAAAAAUUAAAUUGUCUAAAUUAUAAAAUAUGCAAUAGUGAUGAAAAAAACAAAUUAAAUCAAGAAAACAGAGUAAUAUAUAUUGAUAGUUAUAAUAAUGGAAAAAUAUGGUUACACGAGAAAAUAAGUAAUUUAUGUCAAAUGUUUUUUAAAACAAAUAAUGAAAAUGAAUAUGGAAAAAAAAAAAGAAAAAAAAAAAAUGUUUACAAUAUUACAAAUGUUAAUCAAAAAAAUAUAAUUUUAAAUAAAAAUUAUAGAAACACAUUUGAUCAUAUAACAUUGUUAAAGUCAUUAUUAAGUAUUUAUGAAUUUUAUAAUAAAGAAAAUAUUCAAGAUAUAAUAUGUCCUCAAUUAUGUAAUGAAUUAAAAAAAGAAAAUGAUAACAAAAAUAAACCAUAUAAUAUUGUAAAAGUAAUACAGCCAAAUAAUGAACAUAUUUAUUCUGAAAUAAAUAUUUGCCAAAAAAAUAAAAAUAUAAUAAACUAUAGAAUAAAUGAAAAUAACAAAUUGUCAAAAGAUAAUAUAAAUAAUAUAUUUAUUAAUUUAAUUAAUGAAAAAUAUGGAUUAUUUUUUAUAUUCAAUACAAUAUUUUUUGCAAAUUUGAAAAAUUAUUAUUAUUUUGUUGAUAUAAUAAAUGUAUUAAAUUAUAUUGGCAAUAGGUCUAUAUCACACAUAGACACAUUUUCUGAUUCCAUUGAUCAAAAAAAAAAAAAUGGACAAAACGUAGAAGAUGAAGAAAGUGGAAAAGAUGUAGAAGAUAAAGAAAGUGAUUCACAAAAUAAUAACAAAAUGAAUUUGAUAUAUGAACAGAUUGCUCUAUUUGUAGAAUAUUGUUAUGAUAUUUUAAUUUAUGAAAUGGAAAAAAAUGAUACUGAAACAUUUUCAAACACAUUUGUAAAUCAAAUAAAAGAAAAAAGUACCAAAUUAGUAAAACAAAUAAAAAAACAAAAUAAAUCUAAUAAUAUAGAAGAGAUAAAAAAAAAACUAAAAAUAUUGAAAAAUAAAAAGUCAGAUGAAGAAUUUUUAUUUUUAUCUAUGAAUAAAUGUAACAAACAAAUUUAUAAUGAAUUAAAUAAAAUUCCUGAUUUAUUCUAUGGAAUAUCAAAAAUAAAUGAAUAUACAAAUAGCGAAAUAGGAAAUAAUAAUACUCAAGUUUCUAAAACAGACACAGUUUUGUUAUAUAGUGAUGAAGAAAGUUGGGAUUCAAAUUCUGAUGAUUAUAUUGAUUUACAAAAAAAAAAUUCACAUAAAAUAUUAUCAAAUUUAGAAUCAUUAAAAGAUAGUCAAUUAUCUGCAUCUACUCAAGAAAUUGACAAUCUUAAUGAAAAAAAAAAUAAUAUCGUUACUUCAUCUUUUGAUCAAGAUGCUGAAAAUACCAAACCAAAAGAAAAAAAAAAUUCUAUAGAAAAAUUAAUUCUCAGUUUUUAUAAUCAUGCUAAAAUGAUGAUCAGUCCAAAUGAGUGUACUAAUAAGGAAGAAGAAAAAAAAAAAAAAAAAAAAACAGAUAAAGUAACACAUGAAAAUAGUUUUGAUCAAAUUUUUAAUAUGGAAAUUAAUAUGCAUUCUUCUAAAAUGGAAAAAGUGGAAAAUGAUAUCCAAAAUUAUGCACAAGAAGAAAAUAAAGAUAUUGUACAUAAUGAAAUAAUUAAUAAUCAGGAAAAUUUAGCAAAUGAUCAAACUAAUCUUAUAUCAAAUGAACUAGCCAUAAAUAAAGAAAAUAAACAGGUUACUCAACCAAUGGACACCAAUUUAGAUCAAGUGCCCAUAUCUCAAAAUGGAGAAAAUAACCAAGCAAAUGAGCAUGGUGCAUGCGAGAACAAACUAGGCGAUGCAGAAAAGGAUGCAGAAGAAGAUGCAGAAAAGGAUGCAGAAAAGGAUGCAGAAAAGGAUGCAGAAGAAGAUGCAGAAAAGGAUGCAGAAGAAGAUGCAGAAAAAGGAGAAGAAUGCGAGAGCAAACUAGGCGAUGCAGAGUGCGAGAACAAACUAAGCAGUGAAGAAGAAGACGAAGAGAUAAUAAAUUUUUUAAAAGAUAAGACAAAAGAUAUAGAUAAAUAUGCAUAUAGAGAGGCAUUAAAAAAGAGUCUUGAAUGCAAUACAAAUUGUAGUGUUGAAAAUCACUAUGAUGAAAAAAUAGAAUUUAUUAAAAAAAUAAAAAAAUUAUCUAAUUUAAUAAAAAAUAAAAAAUUUGAUAAUAAAUAUAAAAAAGUAUGGGAAAAAAAAGUAAAAAAAUUUAAGUGUAAUAAAUUACAAAGAGCAUAUAAAAUUUGUUUGUCUAUAUUAUUUUCUAUAGUAAAAGAUAUUAACAAAUUAAAAAAAGAAUUAAAAGAAAUGGAUAGUUUUAUAUUUAUCAAUUCAAGAAUGGAAAAGUAUUUAAAAAAUGAAACUGAUAUUAUAUUAAAUUGUAAAAAUAGACAAGAUGAAUUAAAAGGAAAAAAAGAAAAUAAUAUAAUAAAUAAAUUUUUUUUAAGAACAAAUUUUUUUACUGAUUCUGAAAUAAAUACUUAUAAUUAUAAAGAUAGACGAAAAAAACAAAAAAAAUAUAUAUCAUAUAUACCUUUAAAAAAUUAUAAAAUAUUAUCAUGUAGUUUAAAUGAAAUUUUUAAUGAAAAAUUAUUGCAAGAAAAGUUAGAAAAUAUUUUAUAUUAUAUUGAAUAUGAUAAAGAUAUACCUGAUUAUUGUAAAUUUUUUUUCAAAAAUUUUAAAAUAAAAGACAGAUAUUUAUAUAAUAUACAAACAUUAUAUAAUCCCAAUUCUAUACCAAAUAUUGAAUGUAUAAAUAUGAUUAUAAAUAGCCUAAAUUAUAAUUAUGAAAAAAUAUAUAAAAAAAAAUAUUUUUUUAAAUAUAAAUGCAAUUAUAGUUAUUUAUCAGAAAUACCAUCAGUAUAUUGUUGUAAUGUACAAAUUGUAAAAUAUUUAGAAUUUUUAAAAUUAAAAGAAACAUGUAAUAAUAUUAUAAAAAAUAAUAAAAUUUAUGAACAAUUUUUAAAUCAUUUAUCUAAUUAUAUAAUUGAAGAAUCUUAUUUUAUUAUUCCAUUUUUUACAUCUUAUGGAAAAUUUAUUAUAGUUAUAAAAAAAAAUAAAAGUGAUAAUAAUGAAAAUGCAUUUAUGAAUUUGUUCAAAUAUAAAAAUAUUAUUUCAUAUGAUAUAUUUAUUAACAGUUUUUCUUAUCCUAAUGAUAGUAGUUUUCAAGCAAUUGUUCAUUUUUCUCAUGUUUUUAUAAAUAUAUUACGAACAUUUUUCAAAACAAGGAAUUCUGAUGAAAAUAUUCCAGAAAUAUUUUAUUCUCCAAUGUCAAACAUAGACAAACAGAAGCUCAUAUAUCAUGAAAUGGAGUCUGCAACCAACAGAGGCCACAUUAUCAUGAACAUGCUAUUUUUGAUAGAAUCAUUUUUUAACAAUACAAAAAAAGUCAAACCUCCUAUGAUAUUUUAUGAGGGAUUAAGAUUUUUAUACAUUGUUAGACUUAUCGAAUUUUAUUAUCAAAAAGUGCAGCAUAAUAGCUAG